AUGGGGCUUGGAGCUUUGGAGGAUGGGGUCAGGACUGAGACAGCUCUGCACUCAGCACUGGGCUCUGGAGUCAGCCUGCAUGCCUAUGACAUCGGGGUGGUGGUCCUCUACUUUGUCUUCGUCAUUGCCCUGGGGAUCUGGUCGUCCAUCCGUGCAAGCCAACGGACCAUCGGCGGCUACUUCCUGGCGGGGAGGUCCAUGAGCUGGUGGCCAAUUGGAGCAUCUCUGAUGUCCAGCAAUGUGGGCAGUGGCUUGUUCAUCGGCCUGGCUGGGACAGGAGCUGCUGGAGGCCUUGCCGUGGGGGGCUUUGAGUGGAACGCAACCUGGGUGCUCCUAGCCCUUGGCUGGAUCUUCGUCCCCGUGUACAUCGCAGCCGGUGUGGUCACAAUGCCGGAGUACCUGAAGAAGCGAUUUGGGGGCCAGAGGAUCCAGGUGUACAUGUCCGUCCUGUCUCUCAUCCUCUACAUCUUCACCAAGAUAUCGACUGACAUCUUCUCUGGAGCCCUCUUUGUCCAGAUGGCCUUGGGCUGGAACCUUUAUCUCUCCACGGUGAUCUUGCUAGUGGUGACGGCCAUCUACACCAUCACAGGGGGCCUCACAGCUGUGAUCUACACAGAUGCUCUGCAGACAGUCAUCAUGGUGGGGGGAGCCCUGGUCCUCAUGUUUCUGGGCUUUCAGGAGGUGGGCUGGUACCCAGGCCUGCAGCAGCGGUAUAGGCAGGCCAUCCCUAAUAUCACAGUCCCUAACACUACCUGUCAUCUCCCACGGCCCGAUGCUUUCCACAUGCUUCGGGAUCCUGUGAGCGGGGACAUUCCUUGGCCAGGUCUCAUUUUUGGGCUCACAGUGCUGGCCACCUGGUGCUGGUGCACAGACCAGGUCAUUGUCCAGAGGUCUCUCUCUGCCAAGACUCUGUCCCAUGCCAAGGGAGGCUCAGUGCUUGGGGGCUACCUGAAGAUCCUCCCCGUGUUCUUCAUCGUCAUGCCCGGCAUGAUCAGCCGGGCCCUGUUCCCAGAUGAGGUGGGCUGCGUGGACCCCGACAUCUGCCAAAGAGUCUGUGGGGCCCGAGUGGGGUGUUCCAACAUCGCCUACCCCAAGUUGGUCAUGGCCCUCAUGCCCAUUGGUCUGCGGGGCUUGAUGAUCGCCGUGGUCAUGGCCGCCCUCAUGAGCUCACUCACCUCCAUCUUCAACAGCAGCAGCACCCUGUUCGCCAUCGAUGUGUGGCAGCACUUCCGCAAGAAGGCAACAGAGCAGGAGCUGAUGGUGGUGGGCAGAGUGUUUGUGGUGUUCCUGGUUGUCAUCAGCAUCCUCUGGAUCCCCAUGGUCCAAAGCUCCAACAGUGGGCAGCUCUUCAACUACAUCCAGUCUAUCACCAGCUACCUGGCUCCACCCAUCACUGCCCUCUUCCUGCUGGCCAUCUUCUGCAAGAGGGUCACAGAGCCUGGAGCCUUCUGGGGCCUCAUGUUUGGCCUGGGGGUGGGGUUUCUGCGCAUGAUUCUGGAGUUCUCCUACCCAGCCCCAGCCUGUGGCGAGGUGGACCGGAGGCCAGCCUUGCUGAAGGACUUCCACUACCUGUACUUUGCUCUCCUCCUCUGCGGGCUCACUGCCAUGGUCAUCAUCACUGUCAGCCUGUGCACAACCCCCAUCCCUGAGGAAAAGCUCGCUCGCCUGACAUGGUGGACUCGGAACUGCCCCUACUGUGAGAGCACGCCAGGGACAUCAGAGAGGCCAGCUGGGGAGUGCCCUGCAGGAGGUGGAGUGGCAGAGAUCUCCAGCCAGGGCUGGGUGCAGCCAGGAGCCCCAUACAGGUCCUGGGAAAAGCUGCUCUGGAGCUGGUUCUGUGGGCUCUCCAGGGCCCCUGAGCAGGCCCUGAGCCCUGCAGAGAAGGCUGAGCUAGAGCAGAAGCUGACCAGCAUUGAGGAGGAACCCCUCUGGAGAAACAUCUGCAAUAUCAAUGCUGUCCUCCUGCUGACCAUCAACAUCUUCCUUUGGGGCUAUUUUGCGUGA